AAGUUAAAAUUCCUUUUCCUCUCCUCUCCUCCUCUCCUCCCCUUCCCUUCCAUCUACCUUGCUCCAGAAACAGAAAAUGAGCAGCACAGUUCGAAAACUAAUACAAAAGAAAUUCAAAAUAAGAGGCUACACUCUCAAAAUCGACGCUCUCGAUCAAAUCCUCUCCUUCACCAACCGCUUUCUCGGCGCCGAAGACGAAGCUCUCGAUCUCCUCCUCGAUCACCUCCAAUCCCAAUCCCAGAAAUUGGGAGUGAGAUCUUCGAUCCUUGAUAAAGAACCAGUGAGUCGUGCUAUAACUGCUUUAUUGGAAGCUGAUGAUGCUGUUGAUGAAGAUUUCAUAGCUAACGGUGCCGUUUCGAGUUCGACUUCUGCUAUUCGUGUUAUUGAUGCUUUUUUGAUACCUAAAUUUCGCUAUGAUCCAAUCAAAAAGCAGUUUCAUGAACAUACAGGGGGGUUGCAUAUACAUGGUGAUGCUUCAGCAAAAGCUGCUCUUUAUAAAGAUAGGUUUUUGUUAUUGUAUCAACGAGUUUUACGCGAUUCACAUUUUUCCAAGCCUGCUUUUCAUACUGAGAUGUCGCAUUAUGGAAGUUGUGAGAUAGCUCCAAUUCAGUCUCUGGUGGGGCAAAUGGGGAGAAGAUGGGUGAUGGGUGUGAUAUCUCAGUUGGAGGAUGGACAUUUUUACUUGGAAGAUCUUACUGCUUCGGUGGAAAUUGACUUGUCUAAAGCAAAAGUAACUACAGGAUUUUUAUCAGAGAACACAAUAGUUGUUGCAGAAGGUGAGAUGCUCGUGAAUGGUAUUUACCAGGUAAUUACUUGUGGGUUUCCUCCAUUAGAGGAAAGGGACAAGUCUCUCAAAUCACUUGCGCAGCAUGAUUUCUUUGGUGGUGGUACAUUAACAAAAGAGGAGACUCUCAGACUUGCAGAGUUGGAAAAGCGAUCUCUAAAUGACAUGUUUGUCAUACUCUCUGACAUCUGGGUAGACAGUGAAGAGGCUAUGGGAAAGCUGGAGACCGUUCUUGAUGGUUUUGAGAGUCAAGAGGUGGUUCCUUCCUUAUUUGUUUUCAUGGGGAACUUCUGUUCUCACCCAUGCAACCUUUCCUUUCACUCAUUCUCAAGCCUUAGAUCACAGUUUGGUAAGCUAGGGCAAAUGAUUGGAGCCCAUGAACGGCUAAAAGAGCAUAGUCGGUUUAUGUUUAUUCCUGGUCCAGAGGACGCAGGCCCGUCCACGGUUCUACCGAGAUGUCCUUUACCAAAGUAUUUAACUGAAGAGCUUCAGAAGCACAUUCCUAAUGCCAUAUUUGCAAGCAAUCCAUGCAGAGUCAAGUUCUAUACCCAAGAAAUUGUAUUCUUUCGUCAUGAUCUGCUGUAUAGAAUGCGUCGUUCAUGCCUGAUGCCUCCUUCUACUGAAGAGACUGAUGAUCCUUUUGAGCAUCUUGUUGCUACCAUAACCCAUCAAAGUCAUCUAUGCCCACUGCCUCUUAUUGUUCAACCAAUUAUUUGGAAUUAUGAUCAUUGUCUACAUCUUUAUCCAUCUCCACAUACGAUAGUUUUAGGCGACAGAAGUGAGCAGAAGGCAUUCAAAUACACAGGAAUCACUUGUUUCAACCCUGGAUCCUUCUCAAAUGACAGCACUUUUGUAGCAUAUCGUCCUUGCACCCAGGAAGUCGAGUUGUCAGCCUUGUGAGUAUCAAAUGAUGUUCUUUAGCAGAUGAAUAUGUUCCAAAAUAUGAAGUCGGCAAAACCACUUCAUGUCAUUGUCACUUCAGAUUGGUCAAUAUUGAAGUUCAUACCUUAUAAGUGCUAAUUUGUCCCAUCAGUCACCUGUAGAGUAUUCUAGGCAGCUGAUAGCGUGUUUUAAUUAUAUCGCUUUGUUUAUCUGGUGUAAACUAUUUGUGAGUACAAACUCUCCUAGUCAAAAUGCAUUAAUUUUUCUUGUUACCAAGAAUUAAUGUGGCUCUAACCACUUCAACA